CGCUGAGCGUCGCUCCUGCGCGCCCAAUGACAAACGACGUUGCGCCUGUUCUGCUGCGGUCGUAGGUUGUGUGGAGCUGAUGUGGUUAAAACCGACUGUGGUGUACGUACGCGGGGUCUGCCUGGGUGCCAACCUGGCUUCCCGGAAUGUCGGUGGCUUUCGUACCGGACUGGCUGAGAGGCAAGGCUCAAGUCAAUCAGGAGACGAUCCAGCAGCUCCUGGAGGAGAAUGACCAGCUGAUUCGCUGUAUUGUGGAGUAUCAGAACAAAGGCCGGGCGAAUGAGUGCGUCCAGUACCAACAUGUGUUACAUAGAAAUCUCAUUUAUUUGGCUACCAUCGCUGAUGCCAACCCAACUAGUCCUUCGAAAAUAAUGGAAUAAUCUUCCAGUUGGCGGUUGUGAGGAGUAAUUGAAUGUAAUCCAUUUCCUGUGAAAUGGAGACAGGAUUCUUUACCAACUCAGCUGCUUAAAACAUGAAUGAGGCCUCUGUGGCGCUUUUAAAAGUGUGACAAUGUGAGAAAAGCUACUAAGUUAACUGUAUUUCAAUGUAAAUAUUUAUUUUAAUAAUGAAGCAGAUUCCCUCAA